AUGGGAUUCUUCAGCCGCUCCAAGAAACCCCAACAGUCUCAACCGGGAGGACCACCACCGCCUCCCAAUGCCGCCGGAUUCCUGCCUCCUCUGGGCCCUCAUAGUCUCGGCCUCGUCCUCGGCUCUCCUGCCCCACCACCGCUCCCUCCGCACCCAGCGGCAAACUACCCGCAAGCAUCAUCAUGGCAAAAUACAGCGCCACCGCCGCCGCCGCCGCCGCCGAUCAUCGUGAACCAGCACCACCACUUCGGGCCCGCACCCGUGCUACCCCCGCGGCAGCCCGUCGGCCCGUACGCCUGCGCCGCCUCGGCCGCCGCGAGCAAGCUCAAGCUCGGGCCCAUGGUCAACCUCGCCAACGAGGUGCUCGACGAGAGCCUCUCGCGCUGCCAGGGCUACGGCUCGCAGGUGCUCGGCCAGAGCAACGCCGUGGUCGACGACAUCUCGGCCAGCCUCAGCGACGUGCUGACCAUGAUCGACUGCGACCGGCUCCGCGGCAACGAGCAGGCCCUGUUCGUCUACCAGACCCCCUCGCCGCUGCAGCAGCCAAUGUUGCAGCACGCGCCGCCGCUGCCCGGGCCCGAAAUGACGAUGAUGACGACGUUCGACCGCUCCCUCGGUUUUGGUAAUAGCAGCAAGAAGGACAAGAAGGACCGGCAGAGGGAGCAUCCCACCCCGAAGGGCAACCAGACGUGCAGCGCCGUCUCAUCAAGCAACUACUUCUCCAAGGUCGACCUCUACGCCAACUCCAGACUCCCGCUAAACCUCCCUCCCCUCAAGCUCUACAUGCCCACCUACCCCCUCCUCUGCCUGGCAGCCCAGUACUCAGAGAGCGUCUACUCCCAGCCCCGCGGCCCCCACGAGCGCGCCGCCCACGUCUCCUCCUCCUGGCGCACCGGCACCAAGGCCAUGGUCAUAAAGUCCCUGGCCCAGGACGACAUGAACACCAUCGUCUUCGCCAUCAGGGGCACGACCUCCUUCGCCGACUGGGCCGUCAACCUCAACAUGGCGCCGACCUCGCCGAGGGGCUUCCUCGACGACGAGGGCAACCUCUGCCACGCGGGCUUCCUCUCCGUCGCGCGCAAGUCCGUCGCGCCCGUCGCCGCCCGCCUCCGGCAGCUGCUGCAGGAGGACCCCGGGCGCGCCGCCUGCUCCCUGCUCAUCACGGGCCACUCGGCGGGCGGCGCCGUCGCCGCGCUGCUCUACAGCCACAUGCUCUCCGCCUCCGCCGCCACAGAGUCGGAGCUCAGCGUCCUGACGGGCUGCUUCCGGCGCGUGCACUGCGUCACCUUUGGCGCGCCGCCCGUGUCGCUCCUGCCGCUGCGGACGCCCCCCGGCCGCCCGGAGCUGCGGAAGAGCCUGUUCCUGUCCUUUGUCAACGAGGGGGACCCCGUGUGCCGCGCCGACAAGGCGUACGUGCGGUCCCUGCUCGACCUGUUCGCCGCGCCGGCGCCGUCGUCCGCCGUGCCGAACCCGGGGGGUCAGAAGAGCGCCGUGCAGGCCGGCGCGCUGUCGGCGCUGGCGACGCUGGCCGAGCCGGGUGCGGCGGCGGCGGGGAACAAGCAGGCGCGCAAGUCCAAGUCCAAGGCCUCGAUUGCGUCAACCACCACCAGCAACAGCACCACCAGCAGCACCAAGCACAAGAAGCAACGCAAGACUGCCACCACCUCGGCCGGCGCACCCCCGCCGCUUCCCAAGCCCGUCUGGCCCGUGCCCGAGAGCGUCCUUAGCAACGCAGGCCGCAUCGUCGUCCUGCGGUCCGGCGCCGACCCCAAAAAGUCCCGGGCCGGAGCUCCGGGAACGCCGCAGGGCAGGAAGACGGUCGAGGAGCGGCUGGACGAGGGCGUCGUGGCGCAGGUCGCCACGGACGAGCAGCUGCGGUCCGUGAUCUGGGGCGACCCCGUGUGCCACGUCAUGAGGCUGUACGCGGGCCGCAUCGAGACGCUGGCCGUCGGCGCCGUGACGGCGCAGAGCAGUCGUGGGUGA